AUGGCGCAGCUCGGCCUGCUCCGCCUGAAGGCGCCGAACAAGGAGCCGCGGGAGAGGGAGCCCGGACCCGGACCCAGGCCCGGGCCUAGCCCCAGCCCCAGCCCCGCCGCCAAGCGCCGGAAAACCCAGCACCACGGCCUCAGCCUCCGGCCUCCCGCCGCCACCUCGGCCUCUGGCCCCGCGCUCCGUUACCCGGCCCCCGCCCCCCUCCACUCAGUGCGGCCGCCGCCGCCGCCGUCGCCCUCGUCGCCCUCAGCGCCGGCCCCCGGCCCCGGGCCAACCCCCGGCCCCACCGCCGCCGCCGCCACCACCACCACCACCGCCACCGCCACCGCCACCGCCGCACUCCCCAAGACCAAGAGCCCGAAGGAGAAACACCUGCAUCGAGACAAGGAGAAGAAACAUCGGCCGCGGAAGGAAAACAGCGCCUGCCGGCCGCUGCCGAAAGGUGGUUCCGAUGAAAAUGGGAAAAGCCGGAGACCGGAUGAAUACUUGGGCAAAAAAACAAAGAAAAAGAAGAAAAAGAAACAUCGGGAAGGUGAGCGACCAAGGCGGCUAAAAAUGUACAACAAAGAAGUACAGACGACAUGUGCAGGGAUCACUCACAUUGACCUGGACGCUUUGGGGCACGGUUCUUCUGAUGAGUCAAGUGUAAUCAACAAAGCCUCCGUUGAACAUAUUGAACAGCUUGGCAGGCUGGAUCUAAAAAUGAGCCAUUGUACCAUCCCUUCAGGCGCACAGUUACCAUACUUGUCACACAGAGACCACUGUGUACGGAAGGGACUCUUGCGGACAGGUUCCUCUAAAUUCGCUCACUUCAUUCACGUGGAGCAUCAACCAAAUGGUGGUGCGCCAGUGCUCCACGCGUACAUGGAUGAACUCUCUUUCUUGUCUCCUAUGGAGAUGGAGAGGUUUGCUGAAGAAUUUCUUGCUUUGACUUUCAGUGAAAAUGAGAAGAGUGCGGCACACUAUGUAAUGGCCAUCGUACAUGGAGCUGCAGCUUACCUGCCAGACUUUUUAGAUUACUUUGCUUUUAACUUCCCCAACACACCAGUAAAAAUGGAAAUAUUGGGGAAGAAGGAUAUAGAAACCACGACCAUCUCGAACUUUCGUGCUCAGGUUUCACGGACUUAUUGUUGUGGCACGUACAGAGCAGGUCCAAUGAGACAGAUCAGCUUGGUGGGAGCAGUGGAUGAAGAGGUUGGAGAUUACUUCCCCGAAUUUCUUGAUAUGUUGGAAGACUCUCCGUUUUUGAAAAUGACACUGCCAUGGGGAACCCUAUCCAACCUUCAGCUGCACUGCCGAUCGCAGAGUGAUGAUGGCCCCAUAAUGUGGGUGAGGCCUGGCGAGCAGAUGAUCCCGACUGCAGACAUGCCAAAGUCCCCCUUCAAGAGACGACGGUCAAUGAACGAAAUCAAGAAUCUCCAGUAUCUACCUCGGGCCAGUGAGCCCCGUGAAAUACUCUUUGAAGAUCGGACGCGAGCCCAUGCAGACCAUGUGGGUCAAGGCUUUGAUUGGAAGAGCACAGCAGCUGUAGGUGUGCUGAAGGCAGUCCAGUACGGAGAGUGGAGUGACCAGCUUCGGGUAACCAAAGACGUGAUCUGUUUUCAUGCAGAGGAUUUCACAGAUGUUGUACAGCGAUUACAGUUGGAUCUACAUGAGCCGCCAGUGUCGCAGUGCGUGCAAUGGGUGGAUGAAGCAAAACUCAAUCAAUUAAGGCGAGAGGGCAUCCGCUACUCGAGGAUCCAACUCUCAGACAACGACAUAUACUUUAUUCCUCGAAAUGUCAUACACCAGUUUAAAACUGUGUCUGCCGUUUGCAGCUUGGCCUGGCACAUACGUCUGAAGAGAUACCACCAGGAGGAGCCAGAAUCGGAACCAAACACUGACUCUGACAUCGCUUCUAAAGAGAUUAAGACAGAAACUGAUGUGAGCUGUUCAGAUGAUACAGUAAUAGAACCUGAAGUUCAGGCCAAGCUGCCAAUAAUACAGGAAGAUCACAGUCGUCACCCCCAAGAUCAACAAGGUUUUCCACAAUGACGUGUGUACAUACUCGACUUUUUAAAUAAAUAUUUUUUCUUUCUUUUUAAACAGGGAUGUGAAGUUUUAGUUUUAUAAGUUGGCCGGGAUUCAAAUUUUAGUGAAGAAAUCGUGCCGUUCUUAAAGUGUGCUUCUUGCAUUGCAGUGACAUUUCAAAGCACUUGGCGAGUGAAUGCUGCCCCUGUUUACACAGAUAUUCAAUCCGCUCAUGGAUAUGAUUCGGGCCUUUUUAAUCUGACCCUUUAGCUGACAUGCCGAGAAAGUAACAGCCGUGCUGACCCUGUGGUCAGUUACAGAGAACCGGCUGCAGUAAAUCGCAGGAAUGUAACCAGCACUACAAACCGCCAACUUAAUGAAAGGAGUUUAUUCCUUUAAUCUCUCCAGGGACGGUUUAAUAUGAAGAAUGCCAUGCUGUUUGCUGCCAUUUCACAUUCUAAUUGCUUUUAGUUGUAACUAGAAAGUUUCCUUAUUGGCAAAACAAAUUCUUUGGAAACCUCAAUAUCUGAACCCUACACAGUAAUCACUUACCCAUUUUCUCUUCAGACUUGCCAUGCUCACCCUGUCUGGGCCUAUAUGUGAGAGUGAUGUCCCAUAUCAACGUGGUUAAUUCUCAACGACCCUCUGAAUUGAUCUAGCAUGCACUCUGUUGUACACAGCUAGGGCAGGCAAUGUCAGUCUUGCCAGUGCCUUCCACAUCCUGAGAAUAAAUAAAAUUUAGAAUUCCAAGAAACAAAACUAAACAAUGAUGUUGCUGUUAGGUUAUCGUUUUGUAAUUAUCUUUUUGGAUCUGCCCCAAACAAACCCAUUUGCUAAUGGGUUAUAAAACCUGCAUUGAGAAUACAGCACAGAAAACGGGACAUUCGCCCCAAUUGUGUGUCCUCACUUUUUAUACUCCACACGAGACUCCUCCCACUCUUAUUUACCUCUCCCAACCUUUCCCACAUAUAUAUCUUAUUCCUUUUCUACCUCAAUUAUGCAUAAAGCUCUCCAUAAGUAUGUCAUUGGUCUCUGCUUCAACCACUCCAUGUGGCAGUGAUUUCCACAUUUUUGUCACUGAAGAAAUUCCUCCUAAAUCUUUUAGUUGCACUGUCAAUGGUUAUCCUGUAUUUAUGCCCCCUUGGUUUCUGUGUAUAAUUCAUAAGAGCAUAUAAAAUAGGAGCUGGAGUAGCUGAACUGUCCCACAAGUUGGAACCAUUUCUCCAGCUCCACCCUGUCACACCCUUGCAUAAUUUUAAAGGCCACUGUCAGGUCAUCUCCAGGGAAUGGAGCCCCCUAAACUGCCUCCAUAUUUCCUAAGCAUCACUCUAUAUCUAUUUUUUUUUUGCAGAUUAGACUUUCAUGCAGCUACGAUAUAAAAUGAUGGUCAGAAAAAGACCUGCUUCUCCAAUGACCCUGCCUGAUUCAGCCCUGGAGCCCCAAGCAUCAUUAUUUCCAACACCUACUAGCAGCUAAGCAGCCUUCCUGGACAAGGAAUAGAUUUAAAACCAAAAGCCACGGCUCAGUUUGGUGGAGGGGGGUGGUGGGAUGGAAACUAGGAUAGGAGAACACAUUUUUUUUUACUGUUUAUGCAACUUAUUAUUCUACCUACCUUUGUCCACUGUGAUUUCUGGCCCAGCCAGGAUCUCUGGUCCAACUUUGUUUUGAAAGUGUCCAGUGAAAGUGCACUUAAUGCUCGAGCUGGCAUCUUGUCCUAUAGAUUCAAAAUCCUCUGAAAAUCAAGAACUUGCUCACAAAUAGCCUAGCACUACCCUUAUAUACGAAAAUGCAUGACUGCACUCAUGCCUGCCUCACCAUGCCUCCCCAGACCCUCACCAGUCCUCCUGGACCUAACAGCCUAUUGCUAUGAACGUAGUCUACUCCCAUCAUUCUUUAAGCAUCUGUCAAAUUCCUCCCAGAGUCUGUGCUUUUCUAAAUAAAAAAAUUGGCCCAGCAUUUCAAGUUUGCCUAGGUAACGCAGGUGUUUUAAGAUGGCUUCAAAUACAGCGCAGAUGUAUUGGGUGUUUACGUUGAAUUGAUGGCAAAUUCCAAAGUUUGCUGAAUAGUUUUUAUUUGAGUUUGAGACCAGCCAAGUGUGCACACAGGCAUCUUGUAUGUUGGGCUGCUGCUGUUCCUAAGAGGCUGGUUCUAAUUUAGCUUCGUCCUUCCUUUUCAGUUUGACCCAAAUCUGAGUGUGAGAAUGCACAUGGACCUUGUUGGGAAUCAUUGUUGUUGUUCUUGAGUUUAGUAUUUGAUGAUAGCAGUUUUAAUCUGUAGCCAGUAUCUAGGUCAGUGUGACGGCACUUGCUGCUGAGCUUCGCAUUGCUAAACUGGCAGUGUUGGCCUAAUCUAAGUUUCUUUCACCUCUGCGGUAUUUUAGGCGAAAUAUGGGAUAAAGUCCAUCGCUUGUCUCCCAAUCUCUACCCAUGUGAAAUGAAUCAUUUGAUUUUCUGCCAAGUUUCUGCGGUAAGAUUAGCUGGGAAAGAGGCAUUUUUGUUGGCAGCUUCUCUAGCCCUCUUGAGCAUGUUGGUUAGGACUGAAAUGUGACCUUGCUACUUUUUAAUUAGCCUAGUGCAAAUUUGUCUCUUCCCAGCUGUGUUUAGUAACCCAUUACUUAGUAGCUCCUCAGAACUUAAAGGUGAGAACUUUGUUGAAAGGAAAAAAUGUUUAAAACUGUGAUGAGGGGACUUUAAGGCACCUUUCUGGAGGAAUGAAUUAAAAUAGGCAGAAUGGCUUCUAUGCUGUUUGUCUUCCUGUUAGGAGUUUGCCAUUGUGUGAAAACUGGUAAAAAAAAAAAAAUCUUAAUGCAGCAUUGUAAAGCUGGAGGAAAAUGCAGACUGGAGUGAAUAGGCAAAUGAGUUAAUAGAACCCAUGUCCAUCCAAGACUUCUAAACCGCACCAAUAUUCUGGGGAGGACACAUUCUACAGCUUUCUCAUUCAUGGUUAGGAUACCUAAUGAACGAUCCCUCACCACCAGCCUUCACACUCAGUCAAUCUCUGCCUCUCUCUCUUUCCUCAAUCAUCAAUGCAGUUAUUUUCAGAGUUUCUCCAAACUUUCCACUCUGUAAUUACACCGCGCUGUGCCUUUUUUCACCUCCCUAUGUCUUACUGUGUUGAAACAGAGACUCAACGCAAUAUCUCUGGAACCAGCAGGGGUGAUUUCAGGAAGCACUUCUUCACAUAAAGGGUAGUGGAAAUCUGGAGCUCUCUCCCCACCACCCCCACCGUGAAAAGCUGGGCAUCAAUUGAAAGAUUCAGAAUUGAGAAUGUUAGCUAAUUUUAGGCAAGGGUAUUGAGGAUUACGGCACCAAGGGGAAUUGGGAGUUGAAAUUCAGAUCAGCUAUGAUUUCAUGAAAUGGCAGAGCAGUCUCGGGGGAUUGUUGAUGACGUCUUAUACCUAAAUUCCUACGCCUAUUCCAACUCGCUCUUUCCCAGGGCCUCAGAACAUAGUGACCACAAGCCAAAAAAUAAACUAGUUGGCUUCUUAGCAUCUUGGUAGUCACAUGAUAUGAUGGUAAUGGAGUUGUUGGUUAAUCACAGAGAUUAGUCUCUAUCAAGUGGUCUACAACAGGCCCAGACACAAGGGAACCCCCCAGUGGUGGAGCGCUUUGGGAGCUUUGCAGCGACCAUUACUGAUUUGUCAUCUUUUUGUCCACAUGAGCAUUGGCCCUUUCUCCUAGGUUUCUUAAAUCACAUUAAUAGACCACAGAAUAAAUACAGCUUGAGCCAAUCACUGCAAAGCCAAGAAAUUGUGGGGUCAAGGGUGUGGGUCGGGGGCAUUAUAAUAUCAUUCAGUGCCGCCCACUGCCAAGCCUCUUGUGUUUUUUAUGCGUUAACUUAAUGUUGUGUAGGAAAUAUCUUAAGGAGCACAGAAAAACUGAUAAUGAAAGCAGUGCUAGACUCAAGUGUGAACAUAUGCCUGAGUGUUUAUGUUCCUCAUUGCUAAUGGCUAAAUGUCAGACACUCUCUCUCACCCCAGCUUGUUCUCACUGCCAGUGGCUCGCUUCGACUAAGGAACUGACCACCUCAAAUAGAAAUUUUUCGAUUUUUAAAUAUCCAACCUAAUGUCCACUCAAAAUUGAGGGAUCCGAUGAGAUUAAAUCAGAAGAAACUGUUUCCACUUGCUGCAGGGUUGGUAACUAGGGCCAUGGAUUUAAGAUAAUUGACAAAAGGGCCAGAGGGAAGAUGGAAAAGAAUUACCUUACUUUUACACGUUGUGGUCCGGAAUGUGCUGCCUGAAAGGGUAGUGGAAGAGAAUUUAUUAGUAACGUUCAAAAGGAAAUUGGAUAAAUACUUGAUGGGGAAUAAUAUCUGGCUCUGUGGUAGAAUUUUGGGCAUUAAGGGAAUCAAGGGACAUGGCGAAAGGUUAGAAAAUGAUGGGCGGAAUGGCCUUUUUGCUGCAUCAUUCUAAUAAAUUACAAUUCCUACAUUACAACAUUAAUUACAUUUCAGAAGCACUUCACUGGUUAUAAAGCACUUUGCGACUCUGGUGGUCAUGAAAGAUGCUUUGUAAAUCAAGAAUUCCUUUUCUUAUUUCUUUACAAAGUUGCCUUUUCAACCACAUCUUAGUUUCUCCUCUUGACCUCCAUGUCUUUGUGUGCCAUCAGGUGUAUGAGUCUCCAGAAACGAUUGGGUUGGAAUCAUGUGCUAUCUUAAAAUGACAACCAGGAAGGCAACUCAAUGUACACAAAGGUGCUUUUGAUUUCAGUAAUGUACUUGUUUUGAAUUCAGUUGGAAGCAGCACUCCAGCAAAGCCUAAGUCCUCACAGUUGAAUUACUCCUUGUGUAGAAAGCAGAACUAUGUUACACAGGAUCUUCAGACUGACAAGCCAGAGUUCAACUGAGCUUGUGUAAUUUCUGGGCUAAUUUAUAGGGACUGACUGCUUAAACUUGGGCUUGUAUUCCCUUGAGUUUAGAAAGUUAAGUGUGAUUUAACCGAGGUGCUUAAAAUAAUAAAACUAUUCUGUAGGGAAGAUACAGAGGAACUAUUUCCUCUAGUGGGGAAUCCAGUGCAAAGGGACGUGAUCUUAAUCAGAGCUGAACUACUCGAGUGAAAUCAGGAAGCGCCUUAUUACACAAGUGUUGGUGAAAACCUGAAACUGUCUCCCCCACAAAAGCAGUUGUGAAUACUGGAGAUCAGAUGACAUUUAAGACUGAGAUCAAUAGAUUUUUGUUGAGCUAGAGUAUCAAGGGGCAUGGACUAAAGGUGGGCCUGAUCUAAAGUUUGGCCUUUGUGUCAUUGAAUGGCAGAACAGGUUUGAGGGGCUGAAUGGCCUCCUGUUGCCCUUAUGUUCCACUGACAUCUGUUUGGCAGUAAAAGCAAUUAUAUUGUUAGGGAGAAGUAUAAAGGUAGAGGUGUGUAAGAAAAGUCUUGCAACCGGUAUUGAAGGAUCAGAAACAAAUUUGCAUUUAAAUAGCACUUUUCACGAUCCCAUAUUCUAAAUGCUUAAUAGCCAAUUCAGCCCCUUUGAAAUUUAGUUACUCUUGUGACAUGGAGAAGUGCUGAUAAAAAUACUGCUUUAAAUAGCAAGUAGGUGGCAACUUUCCAAGCCAUUCUGAAGCUGUGAAACCUGGUGUCAGAAUAAAUGGACCAACUAGUCACAAGAAGAGAAAGCCAUUCGGCCUAUCUUGGCUCAUUCACUCCAGCUCAACUUUUCAGUAUCAGCUGCCUUUCUCAUGGUGCCUUUAUAUUCUGUGAAACCCUUACAAGUGCUGUCAGCUUCCUCAUGCACAGUUCUUGCGCAAUCAACACAAAACCAACCUACCCAGACCAGUUUUCAGUGGAUCACUUUUUUGCUCUUAGCCUGCAGGCUGGCUGCCUUGCAUAUGUCCUACACUUGGGGAAACCCGAUGGCACUAACUGUGAUAUGUGAGCACUUGCAAACAAUUCUGCACUUUUUCCCUCCAGUACUCGGUGGUUCAUACUGCAAGUUAUCGUUUAGGAGCAUAGAUGCAGGAGUAGCUCCUCAAGCUCGUUCUGCCUGUAUGAGAGAGGACUACCUAAUAUGGGGCCCAUUGUGCACCUUGCGUCUCGUCACUGUCCACUUAGGCUUCAUAUAUUGCUUUGGCUACUGCCUGAAUCACCUGUAAAUUUGACUGCUUUCUACAUCCCAUGUGGUCGAAUCAAGUUGGAGUCCCCAGGGAACCACACUCCACAUCCAUUUUCCCCAUCAUUGCUUUCCCUAUUUGCAUCCUGCACCUAAUUCCUCAUCUAAUCCCAUUCGAUGAAUCAUUGACCCCGUAGCAGCAAAAUGGCCAAUUAGUUUUUGCUUACAUAAAUAAGAAUUGAGCAGCUGGCAAAAUCUAACCUUUUUAAACAUGUAGAAUUUAACAAUCAAACGAUGUAAUCUGUGUAAACAGGGCUCCCGAGCAAUGAGCACUUGCCAACAUGAUGGACAGUCUUUAUACUGAAGAAUAAUUUCAUCCUCCAGACACAUAGGGAGGUAGGAAUUCCGCAAACUCGUUCUCCGAUUUUUAACAAGAGGAACUGUAAACAUUGUCUUGUCCCGAAGAUGAUUUUAAAAGCUUAAAUUUGGUCAUUCAAAGUGAAAAUUGCUUCCCAGGCACUUGUAUUUUCUAUUCACUUUACUGUAUUUGUAAUUUUUUAUCCAUUUAUAUUCGUAAGUUGUUUUAAAACAAAAGUAUGGCUCCUUUAAAAUAUUGUAAUAUUGUAGCUUGUGGGAAAAUUCCUUCAGGUUUAUCUUAAUUUACCAAUAGUCAGCAUUAUUGAAAUGCCUCGGUGUAUCUAGCAGUAAUUUAUGAAGACAUCUACUUUAUUUUUGAACAUUUCUAUCAGUGUAGCAGAGUUAAUGCCCAGGAGGGUUUUGUAUUUUUGUAUUUCUGUUGAGUAUAUUUACAUUAAUGUAAAAUUUUCAGCCAGUCUGCAUGUGUUAUUGACAUAAUUGACUUAUAAAUCUUCAGAAUGCUGUGUCAGGCUGUCACACUGCAAGUGUGCUUGUCUGUUCUUGGAGGGCGUCAAUGCACUGUCAAGCUGCAAGUGUGCCUGUCUAUUCUUGGGGUCACUACACUGUCAUAUUGUAUGUACAUCUUCCAUUGUCUGGUUCCAAGAGAGUUCAACAGAACAUCUCGCUACAUGUGGGUCUUUCUAUUUCAGUGCGGUAGAUAGGUGGUUGUGGAUCACCUGUCCAUUAUGCACUCGACCCAUUGACUUCAAUCCAGCACCAUCAAGAUUAAGGCCCCUCCCCCACACCUAAUGUUCUGCUUUGUAAGUGUGCUCUUUGUGGGCUGCGAGAAUAUUAACUAAGUGACGAGGCAUGAAGGGCUUGCUUGCUGUUGACCAGAUUUUGUUUGAGAACCUGGUGAGUAUUUACAUUUGGGACUGCAGGAAUGUCAAAGACACUGGAUAUCAUUAGAGAUUUGGAUGGAGGAUCCACCAAUAGGAUUCAUUGAGUGAGUUGCUGAAACACAAAGAUCAUAGGAGUGCUCUGGGUGUGUCUUGGUCUGCUGAUCUCCUUUGGGCCAAUGGUAGCAAUAUUCCGAUUGGCUUCAGAACCUAUGGGAUGGGUUAGGGAAUAAAUCUCUCAGGACUCCUUAUCCAGUACCAUCUGCUGGAAAAAGCAUACUCUCCACGGUCAACUCCAUGGAAGACUUACAUUUCCCCCACCAUGUAUGAAUUGAAAUUAAAGGAGCAUUUGUGCUCCCUGCGAGCUAAUUAACCUUGGACACCUGAUUUCUGUUACCUCACUUUGUGGACGGGCAGCCACUCGUACUGACAAUGCAAAGUGCUGCUCAAAACACACUCGCAACUCUGUGCAAAGCCAGUGGUCCAUUGAGAAAACUAUUCAUGAGAAGCUUACCUACAAAUAAGAUUUCAGAAUGGCAUUUGCUUGGGAAGUAAGCUUUGCUUUGCUUGGCCUUAGUUCUAUCGCAAACCCUAUAAAUCCUUGUCUCAGUGAAGGGUGUAAUAACUUUUUAAUGACGCAGAGUGUGAGCAGAUGGUACAUUUUAAGAUAAAUAAACCUCUACGUGAUAUUAACCCGUUGCUCAGUGACUUUCUUUAGCUCACUAUAUGAAGCAUGUUUUAACCUUUUAAAAUGUUGCUUUGUAAGAUUUUAAAUUCGAGCGCGCAGAUGGAAUACAUAGAACAUUUCUUUGAAGUAUUUUUUUAAAUAAACUGGAAAAAAUG